ACGGACUACUAUAAAUCGGUGGCUCACAAUGCUCACUACAAUUCCCAAAAUAAACAUGUACUGUCAUAUGUCCUUCCUCACUAUUUUCACUUCCCCUUAUGCCUAAUGUUGAUUUAGGCAGUGAGGUUGCGAAGGUUCUGUUUCCUAAGCUCAAAAACAGUAAUGUAUUUUUUGGCAUGGUUAAUACUGAAGCUGGAAGAUGGAUCUUACCAAAUGGAGAUAAUAUUAGAAUUUCUGGGCAAGAACAAGUUUUCGUUGCUCACAAAAAUGACCGUAAGCAAAUAUUAUUUAGGUUUCUGUUAAGCUUCAGGAAAAGAUCUUUCCCAAGGUUGAUGACUUUCAGAAUCAAGCUCAGCCUCUUGAAGAUCUUGCAAGAAGGCUUGCAGCCAAUGUUUUUACUUGCAGGUCUGUCUGGUGGUUACUCUUUACCCCUAAAGUUUUAGCCUUUUGUUUGUGAUAGUUAUAUCAGAAGUUGUUGGUCACCCGAACUAUUAUUGUGGCUCGCCAGGUCAUACUAUGUUGGGGUCCUUACCAAGUUACCAUGUUCUUAAUUUCUGUUGGUCCUGUCCUUUUAGAUCUUAGGUUUUAAUGUCUCCAGCGAUCUUUUGCCUUCGUUUAUGAAGGAAGUGUUGUGGCUUUUGACUGGGAGUAAAUGUAAUUUCUCUUAGUUUCAUCAGUCUCCUUGUGUGGAGCUUUAGUUUCAGGAGAUAAUGUGUUAUCUGUCUGCUUAGUUUCUCUAUUUUUUAAGCAGUUUGGGUUGUUGUUUUUUGUAAGUUCAGGCUGAAGUUUUAAUGAAAAUAUU